UUUUCAAUAUUCUGACUCAUUUUCAGCCAUGUGUUUAUUGUUCCUGCACGUGUGUGACACACCUGACGUGGAUGGCUAUAGGUUGAUACUGGCCAAUAAUCGAGACGAAUACUGGGAUAGAGAAACCGCCCAGGCACAUUUUUGGGAUCCAAAAGAAGAAUUAAUCAGUGGUCUCGACAAGAAACCGGGUAAGGAUAAGGGUACAUGGCUGGGAAUGUCAAAGUUCGGAAAGAUAGGAGCACUUCUCAACAUACCAGGAACGCAGGAGGAUAAAAUGGGCAGAGGCAUGCUCAUCUUGGAAUACCUGAAGGGAGACCUAAGUACUGAUGAUUACAUCACGCAGAAGGUGCAACCAAUCCACAAGGAUAUCAAAACAUUUAACUUGAUUCUCAUUGAUCUGAGAUCAAAGAAGACAUCUGCCAACUACUACAACAACAAAACGAAUACAGCAAUGUCCCUCCCCAACGGCGUGUACAGCUUUGAUAACUCUGUUAUGGGCAAGGCGUGGCAGAAAACAAUCCAUGGUGAGGAUAAAUUCAGAAAAGUUGUGCAUGACCAUGGCCGAAAAGGGGACAAGGACAGGCUUGUCCAGUCGAUCUUCGAUAUACUAUAUGACACCACUAGAUUUCCUGAUGACGACAACUUAAUGAAACAAGCAAACGAAUGCGAUAUACCAGAUGACAUCCGCCUUGCAUGGAGCGCAGCAUUCGUGUGGUCUCCCUCCAUUAGACACGGCACAAGAACCAACACGGUAAUACUUGUGGACAAGUUUGGGGAAUGCCAGUACAUCGAAAGGACAUUGAACAUACCAGUGAAUCCAGAUAAUCUUCACUACAGUACAAACUCAUAUCAAUUCCAUAUAUGAGUUAAUAUCCUUCAGUGAGCAAGUUCAUAAAAAUGGACAUUUUAAAGUUUACU